AUGGAGGUUGGAGAUGGAAGAGAAACUCGUUUCUGGGAGGACGCCUGGCUGCUUGGAGGGUUGUUGAAAGAUCGAUUUCCUAGACUCUACUCUGUUUCAAACCAAAUAGGAUCAGUGAUAGGGGAUUGUGGGUUUUGGGAUGGGUUAGAGUGGAUAUGGAACUUCCAAUGGCGCCGACAAUUGUUCCAAUGGGAGUUGGAUCUUGUGAACCAGCUACUUGAUGAGUUAAGGCUGGUUAGACUUGCAUAUGACAGACAGGACAAAAUUGUGUGGAAAUAUGAUAAACAAGGUAUUUUUACAACUAACUCAUUUGUGCAGGUAAUGCAGGCGGACAUGGUCCCGGAGGAGAUCUCAAGCUAUACCUUUACAAGUACUAUCUGGAAAGGACUUGUGCCACCAAGAGUGGAGGUGUUUGUUUGGUUUGCAUUGACUGACAGAAUCAGUACGAAGGAGAGACUGAGUCGACUUGGAGUUAUUAACCAACAAGAUACCUUAUGUGUAUUAUGCAAUAAUUGUGUUGAGUCUAGUCACCACUUGCUUCUAGGAUGUAGCUUUUCUUGGCAGAUUUGGUGCGCAUGGCUAUCUUAUGCUGGUAGAUUAUGGUCUUGUCCGGGCUCGUUGAAGGAACAUUUCCUAAGUUGGACUGAGGUCACAACUAGAAAGGCAGAUCGUAAGGCAUGGAUGGUUAGCUUCUGCGCGAUUAUCUGGAAUUUGUGGUUGGAAAGAAAUAGAAGACUAUUUCAGAACAGGAGUAAAGGAGUGGAGGAGAUUGUUGACAUGUACUCUCUGAACUACAAGGAGUGGCUAGGUGCAAAUCCCUUUGGUUGUUGA